AUGACAGGCGAAACAGAGGCAGUUUACGUUUUGGAUAGGAUUGGGAUUUUGUGCACAGUUAUAGUCGGCUUCUGGAUUUUGAAAUUUUUUAUCAGAGUUAUUUAUAAUAACUUUUUGUCUGUUGCAUUGAGAAUUAAUGCGGUGAAUUUGAAAGAGACUGGAAAAUGGGCUGUAGUUACCGGUGCCACCGAUGGUAUAGGAAAAGCGUACGCGGAAGCUUUGGCAAAGAAGAAAUUCAAUGUGGUAUUAAUAAGUAGGACCCAGGCAAGGCUAGACGAUGUUGCUGGAGGGAUUUCGGAGAAAUACAAAGUUGAAACGAAAACUAUCGCAGCAGACUUUACGAAUAGAACUGAUAUUUAUUAUAAUAUCGAUAAACAAUUAAAUGGUCUUGAUAUUGGCGUUUUAGUCAACAAUGUUGGGAUGAGCUAUCCAUUUCCUGAAUAUUUUUUAGAUUUAAAAAAUAAAGAUGAAACUUACGAAAAUAUUAUCCGUGUCAAUAUAUUUUCAGUAACUAAUAUGUGCAAAAUUGUUUUACCUGGAAUGACUGAGCGAAAACGCGGCGUUAUCAUCAACAUUUCUUCUUCAGCAGCUCAAAUUCCUAGCCCUUUGCUCACCGUUUAUGCUGCCACUAAAUCCUAUGUCGAAAAGUUCACUGAAGACUUAUCAACUGAAUACAGUCGUCUGGGUAUAACGAUACAAUGCCUGUUGCCAGGCUACGUAGCAACAAAUAUGUCGAAAAUUAAAAAAUCCACUUGGAUGGCACCGUCUCCAGCCAAAUACGUAGAUGAAGCCAUAGCCACAAUAGGUGUAAGAGGACACACUAAUGGAUAUUUUCCACACACAUUGCUCGUUGGCGUUGUUCAUUUUUUAGACUCUAUUUCACCCAGACUUUCUAGGUGGCUUAUUGUCAGGACAAUGACAAAUAUUAGAGGCAGAGCAAUACGGAAACAGAUUCACUAA